CCACGAGAUAUGGAAGAAAGCAGUCAUCCCAGCGCAACAGGCCUCCCCUCUUCCCUUACAGAAGAGAGGGUUCUUUGGCCAGCAGACAGCGGGGAUCUGCCCAGAAUCUGCAGCAGGAAAAAGCAGCUCUGCAGAACAUCGCUGUGAACCAAGGUCGCCCCUCCUCCACCGGACUGCUGCUGUCCAGGUUCCAGCAGCAGCAGGAGGUCAGCAGGAACAGGUCAAGUUCCCUAGGUAACCUGCUGGGUGCUGUAGAGCUGAGUGCUGCGGAGGACCGGAGGAUGGGAGCCCAGGCCAGCAGGUACAGCAGAUAUGCCCAGGAGGUCACACAGGGUCGGAGGUCAAGUGCCCAGUCCACUGCAGGGCAUGCUGGGCCUACAACAGGGCAUGCUGGGUCUACAGCAGGGCAUGCUGGGUCUACAACAGGGCAUGCUGGGUCUACAACAGGGCAUGCUGGGCCUACAACAGGGCAUGCUGGGUCUACAGCAGGGCAUGCUGGGUCUACAACAGGGCAUGCUGGGUCUACAACAGGGCAUGCUGGGUCUACAACAGGGCAUGCUGGGUCUACAACAGGGCAUGCUGGGUCUACAACAGGGCAUGUUGGGUCCACAGCAGGGCAUGCUGGGUCUGCAGCAGGUUACGUGCCCUACAGGGACAUCACCACUCGCAACGGUCACCUGAAGGUGUCACAGCAAACAGCUGCGCUGGACAGGUGGGUGGGCAAGCAAAGAAUAGACAACAAAGCUGUUGCAUCUAGUGUCCAGCCUCCCUCAGCUAAGCAGGAGCCACCCACAAACCUUGUUGGCUGUUCCAGUACUGGGAGUCCCUCCCUCCAGCAGAGUGAUGUGGUUCUGAAGGAAAGGGACCUGAGCUGUUCCAGUACUGGGAGUCCCUCCCCCCAGAAGACUGAUGCAGUUCUGAAGGAAAGGGACCUGAGCUACACGCUAACAGCACAGCAAGGUGCCAGGAGGGAGAACAGCUUCUGGAAUGUCAUGGGAGUUCCAACAAGUCCGCAGGACCGUAAGAAGAAUCAAAGAACAAACAACAUAUGGUAAAUGUAAAUGUGUUACACGAGCUUCAUCAUCAACAUAUGGUGAACAGUUUUACAUUAGCUACAUCAUCAACAUAUGGUGAACAGUUUUACAUGAGCUACAUCAUCAACAUAUGGUGAAUGGAACUUCAGCUACGUUAUCAACAAGUACAACUGUAAAGAUUAGCUACAUCAUCAUUACGUACAACUGAGUCAAAGGCAGGCCUGACACUGGUGCCAGUUUAACCAAUGGAAAUAGAGCUGUACCAGGGACAUUGCACAUGGGAACCAGUAGAGCUGUACCAGGGACACUCCAUAUGGAACCAGUAGAGCUGUACCAAGGACAUUCCAUAUGGGAACCAGUAGAGCUGUAUCAAGGACAUUCCACAUGGGAACCAGUAGAGCUCUACCAGGGACAUUCUAUACGGAAAGCAAGCCUGGCCAAUGAGCACCUUGCCAUAGCUCAUCUGAAUGACAAUAGUAGAUGUAAUUGUAGUAGACCUAGUAGUAGUAAUAGUAGCAGUAGAAGAAGUAGUAGUAUAGCUUUUAGCUCGACCAUUUUCAUACAGACUCAGCCUUGAGCGCAUCUGAAGCCCUGCUAGGAGGUUGCUUUUAGUAUACAAACAAAGGCACCAAAGCAACACAAUAGUACAUUGGAAAUUCCGAAUGGAAUGUUAAGCGUGUCAACGCAGAAAUCAGGUAUGAUUGUUUUGAGAACAAAUUUGCCUGGUAGCCUGACUAGAACAUUGUUGUUGGGAGAACAAAUUUGCCUGACAGCCUGACUAGAACAUUGUUGUUGGGAGAACAGAUUUGCCUGGCAGUCUGACUAGAACAUGGUUGUUGGGAGAACAGAUUUGCCUGGCAGCCUGACUAGAACAUUGUUGUUGGGAGAACAGAUUUGCCUGGCAGCUUGACUAUAGAACAUGGUUGUUGGGAGAACAGAUUUGCCUGGCAGCCUGAAUCGAAAUUCUUUACUUCUACAUUGAUAGUCACGUUCACAUUUUGCAGUCACAAGAGUUGGACAAUGGUUUGUCGUCCUCAAGAACUUUCUUUGCACGAUGCUGCUAUUUUUGUUUAAAAUGUGAUGUACAUUCAUUUUGCAAUAUGGUGUAUGUUGGUUUGUGUCCCCAAAAUUCCAUACAUCGUUGGGAUCGUAUUUACAUGAUUUGUUAAUGUACGGAUGUGUGUAUAUAUAGAACGAUAUUAGAGGAAAACUUAUGUCAGUAAAAAAUAAUUAUAUAAAAAAAUGUUGUUUUAUUUUUACAAUGCUUAUGAAUGUCCUUAUUUUACAUUUUGUGGUAGUGAACGGCAAUUCAGGACAAUGAACUCACAAUGGAACUAUUAAAUGAAUUUUAGAAGACUGGA